GCCCCCAAGCGACAAGCCAUUACUCCGCCACUAGCACACACAAAAUCAUAAGACCCCAAGCGACAAGCCAUUACUCCACCACUAGCACACACAAAAUCCAAAUAAAAACUUAAACCACAAGCCACUACGAUCUCACCUUCUCUGCAGAAUCCGAAGAAAUAGCAUCGAAAUGCGAGAGACCGGAGAAGCCUAGAACACAAGAACAGAGGAGGAGGAGAUGCAGCUGGAGAAGGGCUCCCUGGACCUGGUGCUGGUCCCCUGCGGGCUCGUCAUCAUGUUCAGCUACCACCUCCUCCUCCUCUACCGGAUCCUCCGACAUCCCGGCACCACCGUCAUCGGCUACGAGAACCACAACAAGCUCGCAUGGGUCCGCAGCAUGGUCCAGGCGACUCCGGGUGAGACGGGGCUGGCGCUGAGCGUCAUCUCCAGCAACAUCUCGGCGUCGACCAACCUGGCCUCGCUGUCCAUCGCGCUGGGCUCGCUCAUCGGGGCGUGGGUGAGCAGCACCACCAAGGUGUUCAUGACGGGGCUCGUCUACGGCGACCGGAGCCAGUCCACGACCACCGUCAAGUACAUCUCGCUCCUAGUCUGCUUCGUGGCGUCGUUCACCUGCUUCAUCCACUCUGCAAGGUACUAUGUCCAAGCCAGCUUCCUGAUAACCACCCUGGACUCCGACGUCCCGGCGAGCUACGUGCAACACGCCGUGAUCCGAGGCGGCAACUUCUGGUCCAUGGGACUCCGAGCUCUCUACUUCGCAACAUCGCUGCUGAUGUGGAUCUUUGGGCCGAUACCGAUGUUUGCCUGCUCCGUGCUGAUGGUCGUCAUCCUGCACAUGCUGGACAGCAACUACCUGCCACUGCACCAACACCAGUUUACAGUUAGGAAACGGCAUGAGCACAGAGCCCUCACAUCUACGAUUGCUGUAAGGCAGCCCAGUCAAAAUCCAAUUCUCAGCAACCCAAUCUUGUCACCUGUUACAGUUUUCAAUUGAUGGUGAACAUAUUUGUUACAAAAUCUGAAUGUAGUGUGAAUUUACACUACAUUACAUGAAUGUUGAAGUACAAAAUUUUCAUUACAAAUAUUGUUUCCCUA